AAAACAAAGCGAUCAAUAACAGCACAGGUGCGUUAUCGGGGAGAUAGCGUUAUCAGCGCUCGGCGCUCAGUACCAUCCCGGGGCCGAGGCACGGCGGCCAUGGCCAGCGUGAAGCUCGACAUGGAGCAGCAGCGCGACAGCGCCUACGGGCAGCGUGACAUCGCCUACGGGCAGCGCGACAGUGCCUACGGGCAGCGCGACAUCGCCUACGGGCAGCGCGACAGCGGCUACGGGCAGCGGGACAGGCGCAGCCGCAAGGAGACGGAGUUCGUGUACGUGAACCAGGCGUACGACGGCAGCACCGGCAACCUCAGCAGCAGGGUCGAGCCGCCCACCACGGUGAUCCGCGAGCAGUACUGGGCGUGCUCCCGGUGGCCGGCCUUCCAGAAGAUGCUGGUGAUCUCCGUGGCCGUUCUGUUCGGGAUGGUCAUCGGCCUGGCCAUCUGGGUGGCGCUGGCGAACAAGGAGAACCCACCUAUCUCGGACAUCUUCCAGCGAGCACACGUCGCUCCGGACUAAGAAACGUCACCGGACGAAGGACCGGUACCAUCACCGGACAAGUGCUCAAGACUUUAUGAAUGUGAAUGAAAGUGUGACAGUGGUCUAGUUUAGUGUAAGUUUAUUUUACUAUGCGGCGUAAACCGUCGCCGCUGCCAAUAAUGUAUAGAGAUACAGCACAACCAUCGAACCGUUGCCAGGUGAGUGACUUUACGUAGGGCUGGAUAGUGGAUACAUUUUGUAGGUAGCGGCUACUAGUUGUGCCGUCGUCCGUCAUGAAAAAAAUUGUUCUAGAAUAAUUGUUGUGAUAUAAUCGCAGUAAAUAUGACAAAAUAAUUAAGUCUCUCUAGUUAUAAUUUUUCUGUGAGUAUUGUUGUAAAUAAGAAAGAAAGGCAAAAGAGAUUGUUUCGGUUGCUUUGUGGAAAAGAACUUGUAAUCGUUUAAAUAUUAUUUCUUGUGAUUUGGUCGACUGAUGGCCGCUCUCAGAACAUUUCAAUAAUUUCUUAACUUUAAGUUAGUGAAGAUUUUGACUUUUCUGUCAUUAAAAAUUUUAGUAAUUGUUAAUUGUCUGUGAGUGCGGGAGAUAGGUAUCACAUUAUCUUUUUAAAAUUCCAUUUGAGUUUUACCUUGCUAAGACUAUAGAC